AUGAUAUCACCAACUGCAGUUGCCUCUAUAGCCAAUUUGACUAUCAUACUGUCAGGCUAUGAUGCAGUGCCUCUGGAGAAUUGUACUGAUGACGUCCAUGAGCUCCGACAAUCUUACCUGCCACCUCUGUAUGGAAUCACCUUUCUUGUGGGCUUCCCAGGCAAUCUCAUAGUGAUUUAUGUGUAUGCGUUCAAGAUGAGGCCCUGGAAGAGCACCACCAUUAUCAUGUUCAACUUGGCCUCCACAGACCUUCUGUACUUAGUCACCCUUCCUUUCUUGAUCCACUACUAUGCCAGUGGGGAGGACUGGAUCUUUGGCGAUUUUCUGUGUAAAUUCAUCCGCUUCAGUUUCCACUUCAAUUUGUACAGCAGCAUCCUCUUUCUGACCUGCUUCAGCAUCUUCCGAUAUUUUGCCGUUGUUCAUCCCAUAAGAUCUUUCUCAGUCCAGAAAAAGUCAUGGGCUAUAUUAGCAUGUGUUGCAUCUUGGGUCUUUUCGCUCUUGGCUGUGAGCCCCAUUAACUAUCUGAUUACCUCAGAAGAUUCUGAGAACAAAUCUUUUUGCCACGACCUUAUGAGUUCUGAAAAACUGGAUGUUAUUAGAUGGUACACCUGGCUUUUAAGCAGCUUGGUCUUCUUCUUGCCUUUAAUAAUUGUGACUCUUUGCUAUGCUGCUAUCAUCUGUACCUUGGCUACAGGGAUGCACACUCAAAACCGAUAUAAACAGAAGGCUCGUAAACUAGCCUGUCUCCUCCUGGUCGUCUUUUCUGUGUGUUUCUUACCCUUCCAUGUCUUACGGAUUCUUCGGAUUGAAUUAAGGCUGCACCCAGUCAAGUGUGAGCUUGAAACCCAUGUACAUACUGCCUACGUUAUCUCCAGACCACUGGCUGCAAUGAAUACAUGUUGCAACUUGUUACUUUAUGCAGUGAUCAAUGAUAAUUUCCGGCAAGCCUUUCCAUUAUUUUUGAGAUGCAAGUUGAGUAGCUUGAUGCAGCAGAUGGGGACUGGAAGCAACACUGACUUCAACAAGUCUGGACAAUUAAAAUUAUGA